UCUCUCCUCCCCAGGCCCUGUCUGUCACCUCCACCAAAAUGAACUGUUCCACAACUAUCGAGACAGUUCUAAAUCAGGCUAGGAAUGGAUUCUUCAACAACUCCAUGGCUGCCUCUCAGAUCACCCCCUCACUGGAGAACAGGAACUACCUGGAGCUGAACAAGCUGGACUGCAAUAAUGUGACUUCACCACCUCAAUCUCCUCCCCCCACACGCGUGGCUCUCGACCCCCACGAACGCAAUUUGGACUCCCUUGACUGCUGUUUCCUCUGCCCAGGCCACCUUCCUGGGACGAUGUUGCCGCCCACUACCUCAGAGAAGGAAAUCAUCGUGCACUACAAAGUGGAGAACAACAUCACCGAGAAACACUUCAAUUUUGCAAUCAAUGUGACGGUCCAUGAAGGGUCCACGCUGCUGCAGGUCAUGGAGGAGGCGAAAAGAAAAAAUCCUUCAAAUUUCAGCUUCACCGUGGAGGAAAGCAGUUGGGGUCCAUUUGUCACCAGUAUCCACGGUUUAUAUGGGAACCAGGAGACUCGAACAUACUGGCAGUUUCUUUCAGGGAAAACCCCUUUGGAUCAAGGAAUUGAUUUUUAUGAACUGAAAAAUAACGAAGACAUCGUGGCAGAAUUCUCUAAAUAUUAACCCUAGAUUUGUGACUCAGGAUUUCCUG